AAGAAGAAAGUGUAGUUUAAAGAUGGCGCUAUCCGGUGUUUUACUCGUGCGACUCAGAGCGCUGUGUAAUAUUGGCAAAUGUGUUCAUACCGGCGGCAAAACAGCGUCCAGCUGUAGCAGAGAGAUGCGGUGGUAUGGGUCUAAAGCUUGGAGCUUUCAGGAACACGGUACAUUUUAUUCACAGAGUAAACGAGAUAACCUUAGCUCAGCCCUAUUGAAGGAGUUUCCAGAUCCUAAAAGCCUCCUUCACAACACGGUCUCCAGGUCUCUGGGGGUCAGCGACCUGUCCCAGCUCAUCCAGUACAGCUGCACGGAACAUGCUGGUGUCAAGAAAGUCACAGUUUCACUGACGUGGCCCUGCAAGAUUGAAGAGGAGGGUUAUGCUUCCAAGAAGAUCGAUGCAGAGCGAUUUGCUGCAGCUGCUGCUUGUCUCAAGCUCAGAGAAAUGGGUGUAAUCGGUCCAAAUAAUCAGCUCCCCAAGAGGAGAGCAGGACGGGGUAGAGGAGGGUUACAUUCAGUCCUUUAUGAUGAUGAAGAAAACAGCUGGACAGAUGAUGUGACAAGAGUCAGAGCGGCUGAACGGUCUCCUCCCAAAGAGGACACCUCCAAUGUCUUUGAAGCUCUUUCCCUGUUUCCACAACCUAAAUCUCUUCUGACCAGGGUCAUCCAGGUGGCCACGUCAUCCAACAGAAUCAGGGAGCUAAUACAGUUCAGAACAACAGGAGGGAAGCUAAAGGAGUGUGAGCUUCGUCUGCUCUGGCCUGAGGAGAGGACGUUCACAGCCACAGCAAGCAACCGAGUGACGGCAGAGAGGAGAGCUGCAGCACUCGCCUGCAUGAAGCUGAAGGAGUUGGAGCUGCUGGAUGUGGACAACAAUCCGCUGACUCAUGCCAAGUACCAUCGAGAGAGCGUCAAGGAAGCUGGAGAGAGGGAGAGACGGCCACUUUCACUGGAAAUCCCAGAAUACCUGGAGCAAAGCAUGAAAGAUUAUCUUUCACAGUACCCAGUGGCAACAGAAGUACAGAAACUAUGGGAGGAGGAAGAGGCAAGAGGAGAGCAGACGGUAAACGAGGAAGAUGAUGUGGAUGAGGAGGACCUUGUAACAGAUGCCAUCACAGGCAGACUGUUGAGGCCGCUGUCUGAACAGGAGACUCAACGGCUCAACAUCCACCUGCAGGAGGACUGGGAAAGAGCGAACCCUGGACUGAGUGUGGAGCUCCCAGUCGAUGCCCACCGUCAGCGUGUGAUCUCGGCUGUGCGAUCCUCCAGAGUGGUGGUGAUCGCUGGUGAAACGGGAUGUGGCAAAACGACUCGGAUCCCCCGCUUCCUGCUGGAGGAGCACGUGAGAGGUGGCCAAGGCGGCGAGUGCAACAUCCUGGUGACUCAGCCUCGUCGCAUCAGCGCUGUGUCAGUGGCUCAUCGUGUUGCUCAGGAGAUGGGUCCAGCUCUUAAACACUCUGUGGGAUAUCAGGUGAGAUUAGAGAGUCGGCCACCAGAAUAUAGUGGAGGAGCCAUGCUCUUCCUCACAGUGGGCGUCCUCCUGAGGAAGCUUCAGUCGAAUCCAACCCUGAAGGGAAUCAGUCAUGUGGUGGUGGACGAGGUGCAUGAGAGAGACGUAAACACAGACCUGCUUCUGGCCUUACUGCGCACAAGCUUAGACGAGAACCCCGACCUCCGAGUAGUGCUCAUGAGCGCUACUGGGGAUAACCAGAGGUUGGCUCAGUACUUCGGAGGCUGCCCCAUUGUUAAGGUGCCUGGGUUCAUGCACCCAGUAAGAGACAGAUACCUGGAGGACGUGCUGAGAGAGAUGGGACGACCAGCACCGGUCCAGGAGAGAGUGCAGACAGACAAGCAGGGCAGAAAAGAUGAGGUCACACCAGAUCUAGACUUAGUAGCUGAUGUAAUAGAACACAUUGACAGACGCGGAGAACCAGGUGCAGUGCUGUGUUUCCUCCCUGGAUGGCAGGACAUCAGGAUAGUUCAAGAGAAACUUGAGGGAAAACCAUACUUUUCUUCUGGUUCUCAGAUGAUCGUGCCAUUGCAUUCUAGUUUGUCAGUGGCUGACCAGCAGGCCGUGUUCCAGCGCCCCCAAGUGGGCCAGAGGAAGAUUGUACUCACCACCAACAUUGCUGAGACCUCCAUUACAAUAGAUGAUGUUGUUCAUGUGGUGGAUGCAGGAACUCACAAAGAACAGAAUUAUGAUCCACGGACUAAGGUCUCCUGUCUGGACACAGUUUGGAUAUCCCGUUCCAACGUCACACAAAGAAAAGGCAGAGCAGGACGAUGCCAGCCAGGACAGUCCUACCACCUGUUCCCAAGACACCAGCUGGAAUCCAUGACUCCCUUCCCCAUCCCUGAGAUCCUGCGUACCCCGCUCGAGAGUUUAGUAGUUCAGGCCAAAAUUCACAGUCCUCACUGCAAGGCUGUGGAUUUCUUAUCCCAAGUAUUGGACAGCCCAGAUCAAGAAGCUGUGAGAGAUGCUGUCCGAACUCUCCAGGAUAUAGGCGUCCUGGACAAAACAGAGACCCUGACUCCUUUAGGAGAGCGUGUUGCCUGUAUGUCGUGUGACCCGCGGCUGGGGAAGGUGCUGGUCCUGAGCUCCAUGUUCAGAUGUGUCCUGCCCAUGUUGUCUGUCGCUGCCUGCCUCACCAGAGACCCUUUUCACAACAGCCUGCAGAACAGAGCACUAGUAAACAAGGCAAAAGAGGCUCUGAGCGGCUCUGGCUACAGUGACUAUCUGGUGUUCAGCAGAGGUGUUCUGGGCUGGAGGAAGGUUCAGCAGGAGGGCGACAGAGAGGACAGAGAUGAAUUUCUGGAAAAGUACACUCUGUCCAAAGGCAGCCUUCGCUUCAUCAAUGGCCUCAUCUCUCAGUUUAGUGACAACCUGCACGAAGCAGGCCUGGUUUCUCGUGCUAAUGAGUGCCAGCGUUACACUUCUCUCUACAAUGAGCACAGCCACCAGGAUGAGCUGCUUAAAGCUGUGCUGCUGGCUGGACUGUAUCCCAACCUCAUUCAGGUAAAAAAAGGUGUUGUGACCAAAGGAGGACGCUUUCGUCCCAACAAUAUGUCUUUUCGCACAUUGAGUGGGCCAGUACUGCUUCACCGAUCCUCUGUGAACAGGGGAAAAGAGCCUCUCCCUAGUCGUUGGUUGACCUUCUUCAGUGCAGUCAAGUCUAGCGGGAAUGUCUUCAUCAGAGACUCCUCUACUGUGCAUCCACUUGCUCUGCUGCUACUCACAGAUUGUGAUAUCGCAGAGACAGUGAAUGGAAACAGAGUGGAAGUGUCAUUUCCAGGACACUCUCUGGUUCGCUGUGAGCUGUCGGUUGAGACGUGGGAGCUGCUGUGGGAGCUCCGCACUUCCAUUCAGACCAUGCUGUACCGAAACCUGAACAAUCCCAGCAACACGAGCACAAACUCUUAUCAAGACGGAAACCUCAUCUCCUUACUGGUAGAGCUGCUCAACAACACGAAGUCAAACCCUUUUUCUCAGAAUCACAACAGCGACUGUGAGGUGGAUUAAUCGUGAUGAGUGCCUUCUUCACGUGCGUGUUGGAUAUGCGAGCUGGUACAGAGGAACAAAAGAAGAUAAGGAUUUCUUGUUUAAGAUGUUGGAGUAUUGGAGUCAACUGUGAAUGCUCUGAAUUAUUUGGAAGUGUUUGAGAAGCAGGAAUACACCAUGGACUGCUAUUAUUAUUAUUAUUUUUUUAGAUGAAUGAACUCAAUGUAAAAUCCAUUUUGAUUGUUGACUUUAGCUUGUAUUUCAUUGCUUUCUGAAAAGCAGAAGUUGGAUCUUACUCAAAUGAGUACAGAACAAGGAUUAUUGGCCUAAGGUCACUGAAAUAGACUGUAUGCAGAAAAUAACAUAUUUAUUGCAUUAAACGCUAACAUGCCAA